AUGUCGAAACCUAAAAGAAAUAAAAUAGCACUGCUGAAUAGCGAGAAAGGAUGUCGGAUAUGUUAUCGACCGGCGUUCGGAAAUCAUUAUGGGGUGUUCUCGUGCUACGCGUGUAAAAUGUUCUUCCGUCGAACAAUCGUUGAAAACCUCACGUAUCACUGCAAAAAACUCAAAAAAUGUUUCGAAAACUUCCAAAUUCUUCCGAAUUGUCAAUUCUGUCGAUAUCAAAAAUGUCUCGAGUUGGGAAUGGAAUUGACUCCGCCCCCUACUACAGUAGUCCACUCCGACACUCGACUGAGCGAUUUAUUGGAGAAAUUGACAGAAAUGGAUAGAAGAAGAUAUCUGAAAUUGAUCAGCAGUUAUUCGGUGGAUGAUCCAAGUCUGGACGAAGUUUUGAAGGAUAGAAAAGUGAUGAAUAUGGUGGAAAGGGUUCCCGGUGCUCAUGUGACUGCUCACGAGUGGGCAUUUCUAGAUGUUUAUUCAAGGAUUGUUCAUUUUUGUAGUUUCGAUUUUAUUGAUCAGUUGGGGAUGGAGGAUAAGUAUGUCAGUAUGAUGUUUCAAUGCUAUGUUCCCAGUUUUAAAUUCAAGAAAUUGGUUAGUGACACUUUUGUGGAUUCGUCGAUUGGAAUGGAUGAAGAGAUGGGAGGAAGAGUUAAGAUUGAGAUUAUGGAUUGA